AUGGUUGCAGAUCUCGAAAGCAAAAGACCGACUUGUUCGCGAUGCCGUGAUAUGAAACGGGAAUGCGUGUGGCCCAAGCUAUACAAGCGUGGUCCUGCCAAGGGUUACAUCGAGGCGCUCGAGCAUCGUCUUGCAGUUACCGAGGCAGUGCUCCUGCAGCUCCUCCAGGUGUCGGAUGACACGGUCCUGCAAGACGCUUUCAAGCACGAGCCCAGCAAGAGGACAGACGUUUUAAGUACGACUGCCGCCGCAACAACGACUGACGCGGCUGGCCGAAUAGAGGCCAAGAAGACGGGCACAAUCGCCCACUGGGACAACUUCCCUUUAAAUACAGCAGACGAGGUAAAGCGCUGGGCAGGCGAAGUCCUCGGGCGCCCAACGGCAUCAGACGACUUGGAGACAAACGGAACGGCCCGUGAAGACACCGAUCCGAGGUCUUUCGAGACAUAUCCCGUCCCGCCAGAGCCGUUGUCGAGAAAUCUGCCCGAGGUGAGCUCGAGAGCUAGUGCCGAGGCGUUUCCACCACGGCCGAUGGAACCAACUCCAGCUGCUACAGCUCUUCCCACGGCUGUAGAGCCUGCCUUGGCUUCUGGCACGGCUUUUGCAAGAGGAAUGGCAUCAGACGAGGUGUUUGAUUUGUCUCAAGACUUUAGACGACAAUUUGUAUGGUAG